CCAUGCGUUUUUUUAUUUAUUUCAAACAAAAUACAGUAACAGAAGAUUUUUUUCCUGUAUGAAGGUUAAGUGAUUGAGAAGUUGGAUCAAGGAAUUUCCUAAACAAAUAAAAUGCUUAUAACAAGAUUUUCUCCUUCUGCUUUAUUUAUUAAAGGCAAACAGAUAUGCCCUUUAUUCUUUGCAACUAAAAAAUCUCAUCAAUUUUCAAUUGAGGGAGUUAGGACUGUCACUAGAUCUACACAAUUUUCAAUUGAUGGAGUUAGGACUGUCACUCGAUCUACAGUUGACCAAUUCAAAGCAAAAUAUGGAGGUCGUUUUAUGGUGACCAUGCUACCUGGUGAUGGCAUUGGCCCCGAAAUGAUGGGCCAUGUGAAAGAGAUUUUCCGCUUAGGAGGAGUGCCAGUGGAUUUUGAAGAAGUACAUUUGGAUUCAACCGUCCAAAAUGUUGAUAAUGUAGAAGAAGCGAUUAUAUCAAUUAGGCGGAAUGGUGUUGCCAUUAAAGGUAAUAUUGAAACACGAUCAAAUAAUCCUCUCUUCAGAUCCAGAAAUGUAAUUCUCAGGUUGGAACUAGACCUUUUUGUGAAUCUUUUGCAUUGCAAGAGUCAACCUGGUAUCAAAACCAGACAUAAUAAUAUUGAUAUUAUUCUAAUCAGGCAAAACACAGAAGGAGAAUACAGUUGCUUAGAACAUGAAAGUGUGUCCGGUGUUGUUGAAAGUCUUAAAAUUAUAACUAGAGAGAAAUCUGAAGAAAUUGCCCGCUUUGCCUUUGAUUAUGCAGUAAGAAACAACAGAAAAAAAGUGACUGCUGUACAUAAAGCUAACAUAAUGAAAUUAGCUGAUGGUCUGUUUCUAAAUACAUGUGCAGAAAUUGCUCAAGAAUACCCUCAGAUAGAAUUUGACAACAUGAUCAUUGAUAAUUGUAGUAUGCAGCUUGUCUCAAAUCCUCACCAGUUUGAUGUUUUACUUCUUCCCAACUUGUAUGGAAAUAUUUUAAAUAACAUUGCUUGUGGCUUGGUGGGCGGUCCAGGAAUAAUAUCUGGGCAGAACUUUGGUAAUGAAUAUGCUGUGUUUGAGACUGGAUCAAGAAAUACUGGUAAAGGUAUUGCUGGUAAGAACAUAGCUAAUCCUGUUGCAAUGCUAAAUGCUAGUGUGGAUCUUUUACAGUACUUAGGGCUUUAUAAGCAUGCAAAAAUUAUUGGUGAUGCAAUUUACCAAACUGUCAAUGUGGACAAGAUUCAUACUCCAGACCUGGGAGGUACAGCAAAAACAACAGAUGUUGUUCAGAAUGUUCUUCAAAUUGUGCAAGAUAAAACUAGAAUGUAAAGUCCUUAUGUAUAGUUACAAUCUUUAUGUUUGAAAAAAAAAUGAAAAUAUUUAUGUAGUCAUUGCAUUAAAAUCUGUGUUUUUAAUUUA